GUUUUCUGUUCUGGAAAUGUUAACCGCUGUGCAGUGAUGCCAUGCCUGAAUAAUGGAAGUUGUACACACACAGACACACACAAAGGAUACAGUUGCAUAUGCCCAAAGGAGCCUGUUGCUUUCAUGGGGGAGAAGUGUGAAUUUCUUUAUGAUGCCUGCAGCUUUCAGCCAUGUUCCAAUGGUAGUACCUGUAACUCCACCCUGGGUACCAUGAACUACAGAUGUAUCUGCCCACCAGGGUUUUCAGGAACUGAUUGCACUGUAAAUAUAAACGAAUGUGAAAGUAACCCUUGCAAAGAUCUUAAUGCUGAAUGUGUUGAUAAAAUUAAUGAAUAUUCGUGCGUGUGCCAUGUAGGCUUUUCCGGACUGCCAUGCCAGCCAAAUGAAUUUAAUUGCAGCAGAGAACUAUGUGAAAACAAUGGCACAUGCACUGAAAUAAAUGGAAGUUCUACUUGCAAAUGUGAAGCUGGCUUCAGGGGAGACAGAUGUGAAUUAGAUAUUGAUGAAUGUAGCUCAUACCCAUGCCAAAAUGGAGCUAUCUGUAGAGAGGGGGUGAACCACUAUAGAUGUUUUUGUGUUCCAGGAUUUCAGGGCUACAACUGUGAAAUUGACAUCAAUGAAUGUGCAUCGAAACCUUGCAAAAAUGGAGGCACCUGUUUAAAUGAGAUGGACAUCUAUCAAUGUAUUUGUGCUGCUGGGUAUACAGGUACAAACUGUGAAACAGAAAUAAAUGAGUGUGAAUCGGAUCCAUGUCAGAAUGGAGGUACAUGCUUUGAUGGCACUGGAUUUUAUGAAUGUAUUUGCAGUCCUGGAUUUGAGGGGCUUAAUUGUGAGACAGAUAUCAAUGAAUGUGCCAGCCAGCCAUGCCAAAAUGGAGGAAUAUGCCAGGAUGAAACAAACAGGUAUACUUGUAACUGCAACGACACAGGCUUUGAGGGAAAAAACUGUGAGAUCGAUAUCCUUGAGUGUGCAUCCGAUCCUUGCGUUAAUAAUGCAACCUGCUUGGAAGGAGUCAAAAAUUACACCUGCCUUUGCUGGAAUGGUUAUAGGGGGCAACACUGUGAAGAUGAUGAAGAUGAAUGCAUCAGUCAUCCCUGCCAGAAUGGGGGGACAUGCUUUGAACGUUCUAAUCAGAGUUACUAUGGUAUUCUUCCUGAACUGCGAAAGUUUACCUACCUGACAGCAGCAGGAUACAUCUGUUACUGCCAGCCUGGAUUUACAGGUGACAACUGUGAGAUUAACAUUAAUGAAUGUGAAUCUGAACCCUGCAAACAUGGUGCCAUUUGUGAAGAUUUAGUUAAUGCAUUCCAGUGUUUUUGCCAACCAGGAUAUACAGGUGUGAUUUGUGAAAAUGAUAUCGAUGAAUGUGAAAAUAAUCCUUGUCAAAAUGGAGCCACAUGUGUAGAUCACAUUGCAGAUUAUUUUUGCAAAUGCCCACAAGCAGAUAUGAAUGAACUCAUUUGGGGUGGCAAAAAUUGCACUGUUGAACUUAUUGGAUGCCAGAGGCAUCACUGCCAAAAUGGAGCCUCCUGUGUGCCGACUUACACAGAAGGAAUCCAUGAUUAUACUUGUCACUGUACACAUGGAUUUUAUGGAGAGAAUUGCUCGACUCCAACUACAUUUUCAUUUAAUUCUGAAGGAUACCUCAUGCUUGAUUUGCCAUUUUAUGAUAUCACUACACCAGUUACUGACAUUUCGUUACGAUUUCGAACAACACUGCAAGAUAUGGUUAUUCUGUACUGUGGAAAUGAAAGUCAGUUCUUGUAUCUUGAACUCUUCAUGGGUUCCUUGCAUGCCAUGCUAGCAACUAAUGAAACCAUAUUUGAUCUUUCUUUGCCUGCAGGAAAGGUCAGUGAUGGUCAGUGGCAUAAGGUCUCUCUCACCCUGGGAAGGUCUUUUAAUUUGACUCUCUUGAAUGUAGACUGCCGUAGCAGAAUCUGUAGCAUUAGUACCCCCCUUUCUGAAAGUACUGUGUCCCUGGUCAGCACAUUUGCUACAGUCAUUGUUGGUGGUGCGGCCUUUGACUCAUUUUUCAACAAUACAAGGAGUAAAUUGAGGUAUACUGGGUGCCUUGAAGAUUUACGGAUCAACUUUGAAAUGGUACUGCCACAUCAUCUUACAGAAAGCCAAAACAAGGGGAUGACUUUAGGUUGUCACAAAACUGAAUGGUGCGAAAAGGAUCCAUGUUCUAGUAAAGGCGAGUGCAUUGAUCUAUGGACCACAUUUACCUGUAAGUGUUCAAGACCCUAUGAAGGCCCAGCUUGUUCUUAUGAAUACUUACCAGGAACAUUCAGCAAUGAGAACUCAACAGGUUUUGCUUCUUUCCAUAUUACCAACAACCCAGGAUCAGAGUUUACUGUUUCAUUUUUUAUCCGUACCCUCAAACCUGAUGGGCUAGUCCUCCAGAUCCGGAACAUGACCACAUCCUUUAUGUCAGUGUAUCUACAUAAUGGCACCAUUUGUUCCAAAACUCAUUCGGAUUUUACAAAUUCCGCCAUGUAUGUGGCUGAUGGCCUGAAACACUUUAUACAGAUAUCAGUCUUUCAUGGACUGGUUCAUUUUGGUCCUUUAAAAGAGACAAACACAACCAACAGUGUGAUCGCUGACAGUAUUAUGGCUGGAGAUAUUAUAUACAUGGGUGGCCUUCCCCAUGAAUUUGAAGAUGAUAUGCAUGGAGGAUUCUUUAAGGGCUGUCUUCAAGAUGUAAGGGUGAACAAUCACCGCAUGGUACUCUUUCCUUUCAAAGAUGAGAACUACAGCAUGCCACAUGAAUCGUACUCCUUGCUUAAUAUUACUGGGGUGAAACCAAGCUGCAUCAGUGAUGACACAUGUGCUUCUAGACCCUGCAGCAAUGGAGGCACAUGUACUGUGACGUGGAAUGAUUUCAACUGCAGUUGUCCAAUCAACUUUACCGGAAAGACAUGCAAUGAAAGAGUCUGGUGUGAAAGCAACCCAUGUCCAGAAGACAGUAAAUGCCAAAAUGUGCCUUUUGGAUAUGAAUGUUUAGCUAACGCUACAUUCAAUGGGAACAAUAUGCUUCAAUAUAAAUUCAAGGGGCCCAUAAGCAAAACUUUUGACAGUGUUUAUAUGGAGAUAAGAACACGUGACACAAAUUGCACUUUACUUUCAGUGAUGGAUGAUGUCUGGAUUGGCUUUCAGAAUAAUUAUCUACAAGCCAAGAUCACAGCUAGAAAUAGCGUAGAAAGCUUGCUACUACAAACCACAACAAGCUUAAAUGAUGGACGAUGGCACUCCAUCCUAGUGACCAAAGACAACCCUUCUAUGGACCUAUCAAAAUGGACUAUCAAAGUAGAUGGCAUCCUUGUAUAUACAAGUCCAGAUGUUGCAGGAAGACUGCAUUUCUCAGAAGACAGCAUUGUUCAAUUAGCUGAACAUUUCAGCGGCUGCUUUGGUCAGGUUGCAGUAGGUGAAAUUAUCCUACCAUUUAUUGAAGAACAUAUGCUUUCCCAACAAGAACAGUUUAUUAAACUCAGUGGAUCCCCUGCCCAGAAAGGGUGCUCAGGAGCUGAUGUCUGCUCUCCUAACCCUUGCUUUAACAGUGGAUUUUGUAAAGACUUGUUUAACGACUUCAGCUGCACUUGUAGAACUGGAUGGGAAGGUCGCCUCUGUAACCUUAACAUUGAUGAAUGCAACUCUAACCCAUGUUUGCAUGGUAGCUGCACUGAUUUAGUAGCAAAUUAUGAGUGUAAAUGUGACAAGGGCUACACUGGUAGGAACUGUGAAGUAAAUGCAGAUGACUGUUUGGAAAACCAGUGCAAAAAUGGAGCCACUUGCAUUGAUGAUAUAGGUGCAUAUAAAUGCAGCUGUACUGCAGGAUUCACGGGAUCAUUUUGUGAAUGGCCUUUCCCACCAGUACAAUGUGGCAUUGAUGUAAUCUGUUUAAAUGGAGGAACCUGCAUCGGAGAAUUCUGGGGAGCUAAUUGCACGUGUUUACCUGGUUUCACAGGGGAAAGGUGUGAGAGUAAUAUAAAUGAGUGCGACUCCAAUCCUUGUCACAACGAAGGAACAUGUCAGGACCUUGUGAACAAGUACAAAUGUGUUUGUGCAGCUACUUUCAGUGGACCGAACUGUGAUGUGGACAAGGCAACACAAGCAAGCCAAGUUCCAUUUAUUGCAGUCGCUGUCCCUGUAGUCUGCGGCUGUUUCCUUGUUCUUGUCAUUGGUAUCAUUUUCAUGGUUCUUACUGCACGAAAGAAGCGCCAGUCAGAAGGGACCUACAGCCCAAGUCAACAAGAGGUCGCAGGUGCUCGCUUGGAAAUGGACAGCGUCCUUAAAGUUCCACCUGAAGAGCGUUUGAUAUAACUGACAGUUAUUUUAGAGCAAAAAGUGGUCUGUUUCUACAAAAGUUGUCUCAGAAACUGAGUAACAAGGGUUUACUUGAGUUCUGUUAAAAUACAUCAGGAUGUAUACCUGCUGGUUAUUGUGGAGCCAUCAAUUAUUACUGGCUACUGUUUAUAUAAUGUACCAAGGAAAAGAAAUACCUUGUCCACUAUGUAAUGAUAGCUUAUCAUUCAUGAAUGAUUGGAGCAAGGACUUAAAAUUGCUCAGUAAACUAUGUAUGACUCAGAAUGAGCAUCUAAGGUGCCUUCUUGCACAAAACUACUGGCCAAAAUUGUUGUUGGAUAGUUUACAUGCAUUCAGCAGCCACUGUCUUUGAUGGACAUUGGGGUCUGUGAUCCUGUUCUUUGGAAUUUAAGACCUGGUGAUUGUAGUGUUGUGACAUUUUUGACUUUUUACAAACAUUCCAUUUGGAAAAGGAUGUUGUCAGUUAACUGGCUUUGUUCAUGCGUUCAGAAACUUAGAAUAAAAAUGUGACAACUCAGA